UGAAAGCAGACAGGUGAGGAAGGCUCAGUGAGGCUCGUGUUAAGGGAAGGGGACCGGGAGCUCCGAGUGGGGCUCCGAGUUUCGAACCACCGGUGGCGGAUUCCCCGCCCGCCCCACGUCCGGGGAUGCGAAGUCUCAGCCUGGCGUGGCUGCUGGGAGGUAUCGCCCUUCUGGCGGCCUCGGUCUCCUGCAACCGGACCGAGAACUUUGCACGGGGACCCAACAGUAAAGGAAGAAGUCUUAUUGGCAGAUUGGAAACCCCGCCUCCAAUCACUGGGAAAGGAGUCUCAGUAGAACCAGGCUUUUCCGUGGACGAAUUCUCUGCAUCCAUCCUCACUGGGAAGCUGACCACUGUCUUCCUUCCGGUCAUCUACAUUAUUGUGUUUGUGAUUGGUUUGCCCAGUAAUGGCAUGGCCCUCUGGAUCUUCCUUUUCCGAACGAAGAAGAAACACCCUGCUGUGAUUUACAUGGCCAACCUGGCCUUGGCGGACCUCCUCUCUGUCAUCUGGUUCCCGCUGAAGAUCGCCUACCACCUACAUGGCAACAACUGGGUCUACGGGGAGGCACUUUGCAAGGUGCUUAUUGGCUUUUUCUAUGGCAACAUGUACUGCUCCAUCCUUUUCAUGACCUGCCUCAGCGUGCAGAGGUACUGGGUGAUAGUGAACCCCAUGGGACACCCCAGGAAGAAGGCAAACAUCGCUGUCGGUGUCUCCCUGGCGAUCUGGCUCCUGAUUUUUCUGGUCACCAUCCCUCUGUAUGUCAUGAAGCAGACUAUUUACAUUCCAGCCUUGAACAUCACCACCUGUCACGAUGUGCUGCCUGAGGCGGUAUUGGUGGGGGACAUGUUCAAUUACUUCCUCUCCCUGGCCAUUGGAGUCUUCCUGUUCCCGGCCCUCCUAACUGCGUCUGCCUAUGUGCUCAUGAUCAAGACGCUCCGAUCCUCCGCCAUGGAUGAGCACUCGGAGAAGAAAAGGCGGAGGGCUAUCAGACUCAUCAUCACAGUGCUCGCCAUGUAUUUCAUCUGCUUUGCCCCUAGCAACCUUCUGCUCGUAGCGCAUUAUUUCCUAAUCAAAAGCCAGAGGCAGAGCCACGUCUACGCCCUCUACCUCGUCGCCCUCUGCCUGUCGACCCUCAACAGCUGCAUAGACCCCUUUGUCUAUUACUUUGUCUCGCAAGAUUUCAGGGAUCACGCCAGAAACGCGCUCCUCUGCCGAAGUGUCCGCACCGUGAACCGCAUGCAGGUAUCGCUCACCUCCAACAAGUUCUCCAGGAAAUCCAGCUCUUACUCUUCGAGCUCAACCAGUGUUAAAACCUCCUAUUGAGCUGUACCCGAGGAUAUCAAGCCUGCUUGAUGAUGAUGAUGAUGACGACGACGACGACGACGACGACGACGACGACGAUGAUGGGGGGGUGAGGUGCCUGUGUGGGUGUGGGGUAGGGAUGCACCAACACGCAUGGGGCAGUCAUUUCCUAUCUAAGCUGCCAGUCUAUGCACCAAUCUCAAGCAUGCAGCUCUACCCAGGAUUGCCAGAAGCCUCCUUGUUUGCAGAACAGUCUUCCACUAUAAUGAAAAUGGACAUCAGUAUCAGAAACUGAGCGAACCGAGAGGAACAUGUUUUGUCAAAGUAAAGAUGGAAAUCCAGUGACUUGCAAAAAAUAAUUAUACCUGGCAAGAAGGCUAAGACUCCCUGAAAUGCUUUCUUUUUUGUCUGGAGUCCGUCACAGCGCUUCAGUCCAGUAGGUUGACUCUACAGAAUUGGGGGAGGAGUCUGUGAAUGAGCUUCCUGGCCGGCAUUCUAACCGGUCAACAGUGAGCUUGCUGGACAGAGGAUCCAGAUGGCCAGUGGUUACAUUCUCGCAUGCACCGUUUCAUCAGAGCUACUGGGGAUCUUGUUCUAUGUGCAGGUCUCUUAGCUUCAGUGCCCCGGGGAGCUCAGAUACGAGGGGGACACUCUACAACGCUCGGUGAUGGCUCCAUACGCAGCACCAUGGAGCUGAGUCCUGCUUCUGCUUGCCAGAGCACCACAGUAAUGUCGGCAAAGAAAAACCAACAGCAGUGUUUUGAACCUCUUUUUGGUCGGUUUAUGAUGGAUUUGCCUAUUGGUUUAUUGGGAUUUUUGGUUCCUUUAUUACUCCGUUGUAGUUUUGUAUGUCUAGAAGUCAAGAGAAAGAAAAUGGGGCUCUUAAACAUGUAAAUAAAAAUUUAUUAUUAUUAUUAUUUUUUUUUUUACUUAAGUCAGUGUGGGUAAUAGAGUAUUUGGCCAAUUGCAAAUACUGCUUAGUUCUUUUUAAAUUAAGUUUUAACUACAUUGUGUGAACUUAAGACAUUUUCAUGAUAAAGCAUUAUUAUAGUGUCAGUUCUUUUCUCCCUAAUCAUAUUUCUUCCUGAGAUACAGGCUCUGCCCCUCCUCCCCCUUGCCACUUUCCUCCCUCCUCCCUCCUCCCCUGUCUGCUUUCACGUACCAUUUAGUAGUUUAUUAAAAAAAUCGUUGGAAUAAUUAUUAUCAGUUUUGUUCACCUGUUACCAAUGAUGGAAUUAACAUCUCAUCUGUUUGGGAAAACGCAGAAACAAGACGCUAUGGCUAUUGCAUGGUUCUUUAUACACUGCCUAUAUUUGCAGCUUUAAAACAUGACCUUGUUGUAUGAAUGCUUUAUAAAUAAUAUGUGAACACUUUUUAAAAAAAAACUUCU